AGCUUAUUGCACCAAUUCAACGGUGCAGCUACAAAGAACAGGCCAAAUGAUAGCGUUAUCGUGAUAAUGAAAAUGAGUCUUUUGUUCGCCUCUGCCAGCUUUCGUGGCGAUUGGAUGUAGUUCCUGUAAUUACGUAUAUUUUUGAUCUUGGGGACUUGGGUACGCGUUGUCUCUGUUUCUCUUUUAUUUCCUAAAUCGUUGUGAUUGGCGUAGGAGGGGUGUAAUAACUCUGCUCAGAGUCAUAUAUUGAAUGAAUGAAUAAAUGAAUAAUGAGAAUGAGUGCGAAUGAUGAUUCAAGUGAAUAUUUGUCUGAAGAUAAUUCGUUAACGUAAGUAUCGAAAUUGAGAGACCGUGUUGUAAACAGAAGAAUUUUGUGUCGACUUUUGCAGAGGUAUCGUUGAACAUAGAGAUAUAGUCAGUUGAGGAUUAUUUGCAACAGUAUAUUAAUACACUUUAAUCUAUAAUUGAAAAAAAUAAUAUAAGUAAUAGCAAGCAGAUAUAGUAUUUAUGGAAAAUCAAUAUAUCUUAAUAAAACAGUAUUGAAACAGUCUUAAAAAAAAUAUGACAAAAAUUGAUAAUAGCUUAAAUAUGGAAAUAAGUGAAACUUACAAGUCAUUGGCGAACCAAAAUCAUAUUCAAGAAAGAUUGAAUAGCUUCAAUAAACGUACUUAUAUGAAAUGCAGAAUAGUAUGGUUCAGCCUUGGUUGUUCCAUUAUGGUUGUUUCCUUAUUGAUGCUCUUAAAUACAUUGAUAGUCACUACUCAGAAUUAUGAAAGCAUAGAAAUGCAGCUAAUGAUUGAUGUGAAUAAUGAUACUAUUGAAGAAACAAAAUAUCAGCAUAUAUCUGUGGAUACUUCAGAUACAUAUAUUGAUCAGCAAGAUUAUAAUUAUAUAAUGUAUAAAAAGAUAAGCCUAAAAGAAAUAAACAACUUAUAUGAGAAAAAUACAGCCCCUGAUCAGUGCAGCAAUAUUCCUGAAGUACUACGUUUUGAUUGCUAUCCAGAGGAUGGAGCAUCGCAACUUUCUUGCACAAAUAGAGGAUGUUGUUGGAAACCUCUUGAAAAAGGGACAGUAUCACGUAUAUUGAAUGUCCCAUAUUGUUACUAUCCACAAAAUUGGGACUUGUAUAAAUAUAUUAAUUAUAGUCGAGAUGAUAGUGAUUUUUCAGGCUUUCUUAAACAAGAAAGAAAAUCUGCAUAUAAGAAUGAUGUACCUCUUGCGAAAAUAGAAGCUAUAAAUAUAGAUAGUUCAACUUUACGUGUGAAGAUAUAUGAUCCUUUAAACGCGCGAUAUGAACCACCAUGGCCAGUUAAGUUAGAUACAAAAUCUGUCUUAUCUGAGAUUGCCAACAAAAUGUAUCAUUUUAAAAAUGAUGAAGUGAGACCUGGUUUUAAAAUUGAUAGAAUUAGUGAUGGUACAACAUUAUUCAAUUCUAUUGGCAUCGGAGGUUUCAUCUUUGCCGAUCAGUUUUUACAAAUAAGUUCGUUACUUCCUACAAGCAACAUCUAUGGCAUUGGUGAUCAUAGGUCAAGCUUAAAGUUAGAUACGAAAUGGCAAUCGUUUACUUUAUUCAAUAAAGAUCAACCACCAGCAGAAAAUGCAAAUUUGUACGGAUCUCAUCCGUUUUAUAUUGUUAUUGAGGAUUCUGGUAUGGCUCAUGGAGUUUUAUUUUUAAAUAGUAAUGCCAUGGAUGUAAUAUUGCAGCCAACACCAGCUAUAACGUUUAGAACAAUCGGUGGUAUUUUUGAUAUUUAUUUCUUUUUGGGGCCUACCGCAGCAGACGUUGUGAGACAAUAUUCUGAAAUCGUAGGCAAACCGUUUAUGCCACCUUAUUGGUCGCUUGGUUUUCAUUUAUGCAGAUAUGGAUAUGGAAACUUAGAGAAAACCAAAACAGUAUGGAACAGAACGAGAGCUGCUGGAAUUCCAUUUGACACUCAGUGGAACGAUUUGGAUUAUAUGGAUAAAAACAACGAUUUCACAUAUGACAAGAAUACGUUCAAGGACUUGCCAAAAUUCGUAGAAGAGCUUCAUUCGAUUGGAAUGCAUUAUAUCCCUUUAAUCGAUGCCGGUAUAUCCGCUUUCGAUAAUAACGGUUCUUAUCUUCCAUAUGUCGAGGGAAUAAAACAGGAUAUAUUCGUAAAAGAUGGUGUUUCGAACGAGCCUUUCGUCGGCAAAGUCUGGAAUCUUGUUUCUACGGUGUGGCCCGACUUCACAAACCCGAAAACAACUAACUACUAUGCAAAAAUGAUGAGCAAUAUGCACAAUAGUUUUGCGUAUGAUGGCGCAUGGAUUGAUAUGAACGAACCAUCUAACUUCUACAACGGUCACAAAAAUGGCUGUUUACACACUAAUCUGGAUUAUCCUGAAUACGUACCCAACGUCGUCGGUGGUUUGCUCGCUACGAAGACUCUGUGUAUGAAUGCAAAACAUCACUUAGGCUCUCAUUACAAUCUUCAUAAUACUUACGGGAUAAGUCACGCAAUUGCUACGAAUUACGCUCUCAAAGAAAUCAGGAAGAAAAGACCAUUUGUAAUAUCGCGCUCGUCAUGGGUAGGACACGGUUAUUACGCCGGCCAAUGGACGGGCGACAUUUAUUCCUCAUGGCACGAUAUGAAGAUGAGCAUUCCAGCAAUCUUGUCGCAAAAUUUCUAUCAAAUCCCCAUGGUAGGCGCAGAUAUUUGUGGAUUCGACGGCAACACGACCGUUGCGUUAUGCAACCGCUGGGUGCAACUUGGCGCCUUCUAUCCGUUCUCUCGAAAUCACAAUUCCGAUAAUACGAUCGAACAGGAUCCGGUCGCCAUGGGCGACUUGGUUGUACAAUCCUCGAGGAAUGCUCUCAGGAUACGUUACCGGCUUUUACCGUAUUUGUACACGUUAUUCUUCAGAGCGCACAAGUUCGGCGACACGGUGGUGCGUCCGCUCUUCUUUGAGUUUACCUACGAUACGCAAACUUACGAUAUUGACACACAGUUCCUCUGGGGAAGGUCACUUAUGAUCAAUCCCGUCCUCGAAGAGAACCAAAGUAACUUGACUGUUUACGUACCACGCGGACUGUGGUACGAUUAUCACACUCUUGUAUCUUUCUUCUCCAUUGGGAAGCAUUUCACGUUGCCUGUGCUGCUUACUGAAAUACCAUUAUUGAUUCGCGGUGGUUCGAUACUUCCAGCGCAGAAACCAGGCGCGACGACGACCGAGAGCAGGAAGAAUAAUUUUGAAUUAUUAGUGGCUUUGAAUGAAGUCGGUUAUGCCGAAGGAGAACUCUACUGGGACGACGGUGAUAGCAUAGAUUCUGUAGAAAAGAACGAAUAUCUGUGGUUGAUGUUCAAUGCAUUCUCGAACAUGACGAAAUUAGUGAGCACGAGAAUGGAUAUCGGCACUUUUAACGACGAAGUAAUACUUGGCAGAGUUGAUAUUUUGGGCAUACAUUAUUCAGUCAGCGAGGUUUACCUAAACGACAGUCCUGUCAAAUUCGCAUACAAUAUCAACACGAAGAACUUGAGUAUCUUUGGUAUCCAAGUGGACAUGAAGCGACCAUUCGUAUUUACUUGGACCUACAUGCCGUUUUUUUAAAUGUCUCUUUGAGUCACGCCGCUUCAAGUUUUCAGUCGCGAUAUAUUCGUAAAAUAAAAACAAGAACAUUGCAAAAAUGAAACAACUGUGUGCUGUUUCAAUAAAUAGAACUACCGAACAAUGCAUAUACAAAAUGCGUAUACAAAACCAACAUCGACAUUUGUAGAAUUUUACGUGUGGGAUUAAAUGAGAGGGAAAUUUGAUAUUUCAUAAAUGCAAGGGAGCGAAUAAA